CAACAAGCAUAACUUCGCCAAUGAGCAUGUCUACAGACAGCACAACAACCACUCCAACGAGCUCUUCUACAGACAGCACGACAACGCCGAUUUCACCAACAAGCACAUCUACAGAUACCACAACAACAUCAUCAACAAGCAUAUCCACAGACAGCACGACCAGCACAACUACAGAUAGCACAACAAGCAUGACAAGCACAUCUACAGAAAGCACAACAACCACAACGUCACCAGUGAGCACAUCUACAGAGAGCACAACAACCAUGACAUCCUUAACAAGCAUACCUACAGACAGCACAACAAGCAUAACUUCGCCAUUGAGCAUGUCUACAGACAGCACAACAACCACACCAACGAGCUCUUCUACAGACAGCACAACAACGCCGAUUUCACCAACAAGCACAUCUACAGACAGCACAACAACCAUGACUUCCCCAACAAGCACAUCUACAGACAGCACAACAACCAUGACUUCCCCAACAAGCACAUCUACAGACAGCACAACAAGCAUGUCUACAGACAGCACAACAAGCAUGUCUACAGACAGCACAACAAGCAUGUCAACAGACAGCACAACAACCGCACCAACAAGCUUUUCUACAGAGAGCACAACAGCAUCAGCAACGAGCAUAUCCACAGACAGUACGACCAGCACAACUACAGACAGCACAACAACCACACCAACGAGCUCUUCUACAGACAGCACGACAACCACAACUUUGCCAGACAGCACAACAACCACACCAACGAGCUCUUCUACAGACAGCACAACAACCACAACUUUGCCAGACAGCACAACAACGCCGAUUUCACCAACAAGCACAUCUAUAGACAGCACAACAACCAUGACUUCCCCAACAAGCACAUCUACAGACAGCACAACAACCAUGACUUCCCCAAUAAGCACAUCUACAGACAGCACAACAACCAUGACUUCCUUAACAAGCAUAUCUACAGACAGCACAACAAGCAUGUCUACAGACAGCACAACAACAUCAUCAACGAGCAUAUCCACAGAUAGUACGACCAGCACAACUAUAGACAGCACAACAAGCAUAACUUCGCCAAUGAGCAUGUCUACAGACAGCACAACAACCACCCCAACGAGCUCUUCUACAGACAGCACAACAACGCCGAUUUUACCAACAAGCACAUCUACAGAUACCACAACAACAUCAACAAGCAUAUCCACAGAUAGCACGGCCGGCACAACUACAGACAGCACAACAAGCAUGACAAGCACAUCUACAGAAGGCACAACAACCACAACAUCACCAGUAAGCACAUCUACAGAUAGCACAACAAGCAUGACAAGCACAUCUACAGAGAGCACAACAACCACCACUUUCCCAACAAGCACAUCUACGGAUCAUCUACAGACCACACCAACGAGCUCUUCUACAGACAGCACGACAACCACAACUUUGCCAGACAGCACAACAACGCCGAUUUCACCAACAAGCACAUCUACAGACAGCACAACAACCAUGACUUCCCCAACAAGCACAUCUACAGACAGCACAACAACCAUGACUUCCCCAACAAGCACAUCUACAGACAGCACAACAAGCAUGUCUACAGACAGCACAACAAGCAUGUCAACAGACAGCACAACAACCGCACCAACAAGCUUUUCUACAGACAGCACAACAGCAUCAUCAACGAGCAUAUCCACAGACAGUACGACCAGCACAACUACAGACAGCACAACAACCACACCAACGAGCUCUUCUACAGACAGCACGACAACCACAACUUUGCCAGACAGCACAACAACCACACCAACGAGCUCUUCUACAGACAGCACAACAACCACAACUUUGCCAGACAGCACAACAACGCCGAUUUCACCAACAAGCACAUCUAUAGACAGCACAACAACCAUGACUUCCCCAACAAGCACAUCUACAGACAGCACAACAACCAUGACUUCCCCAAUAAGCACAUCUACAGACAGCACAACAACCAUGACUUCCUUAACAAGCAUAUCUACAGACAGCACAAUAAGCAUACAGCACAACAACCACUCCAACGAGCUCUUCUACAGACAGCACGACAACGCCGAUUUCUUUAACAAGCACAUCUACAGAUACCACAACAACAUCAUCAACAAGCAUAUCCACAGACAGCACGACCGGCACAACUACAGACAGCCCAACAACCAUGACUUCCCCAACAAGCACAUCUACAGACAGCACAACAACCAUGACUUCCCUAACAAGCACAUUUACAGACAGCACAACAAGCAUAACUUCGCCAAUGAGCAUGUCUACAGACAGCACAACUACCACACCAAUAAGCUCUUCUACGGACAGCACAACAACCACAACUACCCCAACAAGCAUAAAGCACAACAACCAUGA